GUAUUUGUGUCAUGUUCCGCAACGUCCGGAAGUCGUGUGUCUGGUGGUUCGGAGUGACAACUGCUAUUGGCUAAUUGUUAAAAGCUCCAUGCAAGCAUCAUGCCACGAAUGUGACGUACCAUGGGCAACAAUGAGAGUGUGCUGGUACAAAAGCGACUGUCCCGCUUCCGUCCAGAAGAUCGGCCAGUGAUUCAAGGAGUGUUUGAACGCCUUCAAGGCAAUGUCCCUGCAGGAGCCCAAAAGAAAACACCUGCAGGAAAUACUCUCACCUUCGAGAUGCUGCAGUCCUCCAUGUGCAUGCUGGCACCAGACUCCAUGGUAAGGCGGACAUACCAUUGUAUGUGUAGUAUUGACUUUGGAACCACAGCAGUUGGCAAAGACAAUCCAACCCCCGCUUCAGGAGUUUGUCGCGAGCAGUUGGUCAUCUUCCUUGCAGACACCCUGCAGGGUACCGCAGAAGAACGAGCUCCUUUGAUUAUGGCUAUGACCCUGGAUGGAGCAUGCUUCAAGGUCGUCACCUUUGAGCAAUUAUCAGAGUUCUUACAGGAUCUGAUCUCUGCUGUAAUUCAUAUUGUCGUCAAUAAAGGACUCCUCCAGGGGUGGAAACCAGACAAAAUGGGUGAUGGCUCCCAGGGUGUGACACUCUUGGCAGAGCAGAUGUGCUCAGAACUGAAAUCCACAGACCAGGGAGGCUAUGAUGUUGCCUGUUUGGAGGACUGGAUCUUUAGAGUACCCCAGGUAUCUUUGUACCUGGAGAUGUUGGUAGCUGAGGGACUAAACGUUUGGCUAAGUCUGCGGCCAGCACUCCCUCUGUUGCCUCCUUGUAAGGAGACACCCUGGAAAGAUCUACGCCGGUGUCUGUUGGAUAUUCCCACCCUCAUGUUUCUUGCACCGCAGCUGCCUGACAGAUGUAAUGCACCAUGGAGACUUGUGUUUUCCACACUGUUGCAUGGUGAGAGCUUCACAAGGAUGGUGGCAGGUCUAACUAAAUGUGGGCCCACCUUGCUGCUCAUCAAAGACACAAAAGGACAUGUUUUUGGUGGCUUUGCCUCCCUCAGCUGGGAAGUCAAACCACAAUUCCAGGGUGACUCCAGGUGUUUCCUGUUCUCUGUGUUCCCCAGACUGAGAGUUCAUACAGCUACAGGUUACAACCAACACUUUAUGUACCUCAACCAGAAGCAGCAGACCAUGCCCAACGGACUGGGCAUGGGCGGCCAGCAUAGCUACUUUGGGCUAUGGUUGGAUAGUGAUUUUGGACAUGGUCACAGCCGUGCACGGCCAAAAUGUACUACCUUUGGAAGCCCUCAACUCUCGGGAGAUGAGGACUUUAUUUUGGAUUCAAUGGAAGUAUGGGCAGUUGGAAAGCCCCAUGAGCCGGAGGAGGUAAGAGCACCCAAUUCUCAUUAUCUGAGGACAAAUAAGCUUCUUCUUCAGCCUGCAGGGUGUGAUGCGCAAUUCAUAUUUUUGUUAAAUCCAAUCUUUUUAAGUACUCAUUCACAUUACAGAAAGAAGGUGGGAGGAGGUAGAAAUAUUUUGGUGAUAUGACAUAACGCUCCUCAACCACCUCAUAUAAUGGAGACUCCUACAAAAAACACAAGGUAACGUCAAAAAAAAAAGAAAAAAAAGGGGGGGGGGAAACUUUCUCCUUGGCUGAAUUUCUACUCUCACCACAAAUAUCGAGUUCACACCUGAUGUUUCAAGUGGGAUUAAAUAAAGUCAAAUGUAAAGACAACCAGUGUUUCUCAAAACACCUCUGCAAAUUCAUAGACGAUGUUAUCGUUUCUCAAGGAAUCUCAACUACCUGUGCUGAGUGCGUAUUGGUCUUUUGAUGAAUAGGUCGGAUGUGUGCAGAUGAGUGUUCAUACUGCAAAAGCAUUACACACAUAUCCGAUUUAGAUGCAAACCAAACAAAAUAAACCUAGGAUGGAUUAGAAAAAAAAUGGUAUUGUACUCCACACUGCAUGAAAAAGUCAGAUACGUGUUCCAUAUGGGAAAAAAUAUCAGAAUUGAGUUGCGGUGCAAAAUUGUCAUAGCAAGAUUCUUUUAAUGCUACGGUAUGUACAGGAAAUAAAAAUUUCCCACAGACAUAAGAAUAAUUAAUUAUUCUAAUUCUAAUAAUAAUAAUAAUAAAUCAGGUGUGUCUAAGUCCGGUUCUUGACAGCCCAUAUCCUGUCUGUCCCAACACACAUAUUCAAAUGGACAGGAUCCUUAUCAGGCUUCAGUAAAGCUUGCUGAUGAGUUGAUCAUUCAAAUUAGGAGUGUUGGAGGAGGGAAACAUCCAAAAGAGGCCGGAUAGGGGCUCUUGAGGACCGGACUUGGGCACACCUAACCCAAAUGAAAUAAAUACAGUGAUCCCUCGCUAUUUUGCGGUUCCUUUAUCGCGGCUUCAGUGCAUCGCGGAUUUUUUCAAACAUAUUCAUAAAAAAAAAAAAAUACAUUUAAGUCCGCAAACGGUCCGCGAGAAGCAGCAAAAGUCAGCAAAACAACA